AUGACUGAAGAAACGUGGGAUGUUGUUAUUGUCGGCGUUGGGCUGUCAGGACUGAGUGCUGCUCAGACUCUGCGGAAGAGAAAUGGCAAACUCAGAAUAUUAAUUCUGGAAGGAAAAGACCGGGUAGGAGGACGAACUGUUACCCAGGAAUUACCUGCCGCUCGCGGCAUUGAUCGCUGGGACAUGGGAGGGCAGUGGGUUGGCAGCACUCAGACAUACGUCAUGGACCUCAUUCAGGAGUUUGGCCUGGAGGUCUACACGCAAUACACCACAGGUAAGAAAGUACACCACGUUGGUGGUCCUCAUGCCAAGGUUCGCACCAGCAGCACCAGUAUCCCUGCCCUCUCUACACUGGUGCUACUGGACCUGUCACAGCUCGUCUGGAAGAUUGACAGGUUGAGUUCCACAGUGUCAGUGGAGGACCCCAUGAAGAGCCUCAAUGCCCAGGAGUUGGACAGUAUGACCCUACAUUCCUACAUAGAGAAACAUGCCUGGACAGAAGAGAUGAAGGAGGAGAUGGGUGUGUGCAGCCGGGUUGUGUUUGGUAUGGAGCCCAAUCAGAUGUCCUUCCUCUACUUCCUCAUGUAUGCUGCAGCAGCUGGAGGUGUCCUGUGCCUGCUGGAGAGCACCCCAGGCUCAGCACAGGAGUUCAGGGUCAAGGGGGGAACCCAGCAGCUGUCAGAGCGUUUAGCCCAGCAGAUUGGGUGGGAGAGUGUCCGGCUGGGCAAGGCAGUGACGGCCAUAUGGCAGGACGAUGAGCAUGCCAAGGUGAUGACAGCCACCCACUCCUACCUGUGCAGAGCAGUGAUUGUCACCUGCCCUCCUCACCUGGCAGCUAAGAUCCACUACCAACCUGCUCUACCCAUUCAGAGAGAACACCUCACACAGAACAUGCCUGUUGGGCACUUGAUAACACACACACACACACACACACACACACACACACAUGAGAAGGGUUUCUCGGGAGAGAUAGUGGCACGACCCUCUGCGGAGUGUCCCUUGAGUGUCACCUUCGACGGCACCAGUCCCAGUGGGAGUGCUGCUCUCGUGGGCUUCAUCUCUGGCGUGCAGGCCUACAAUUGGAGCUCCAGAGAGCUGAGCGAGAGGAGGGAUGCUGUCAUUCUCAGCCUGGUGAAAUACCUGGGAGAGGAGGCUGCUAGCUACAUCCACUAUGAGGAGAAAGACUGGGCCUUGGAGGAGUACAGCGGGGGUUGUCCAGUUAAUGUCAUGGCACCGGGGCUGCUGACAUAUUACCACCCCAGCCUCCACACGCCCUGUGGCAGGAUCCACUGGGCCGGCACGGAGACGGCCACCCAGUGGUGUGGCUAUAUGGAUGGGGCAAUUCAGUCAGGUCAGAGGGCAGCCCUAGAAGUCCGAGCCAGGCUGUGCCCUUUCACCCUGACCCAGGAGGAGCAGGAGGCUGUGCAGGCUGCCCAGAACCAGAACCAUGAGUCUGGACCAUGCCAACCUGUACCUUCCACAUCCCAUCUCCGCAGGGCUCUGAUCCUCACCACACUCAUCAUGGCCACUGCUGUACUAUUGGCUCAGCCACAGCUCUGCCGAGACUGGAUUGGACAGGCUCGGCAGGUAGUGCUACGAAGCUCCACAGCCCAUUUCCACAUCGCCAGCCUCCAGCAGAGUGACAGGGUUCCACUGCUCAUUGUGUCACACGCCAAGUCGGAGUCCCAAGUUUCCAUGGCAACGGUCAGAGGGGUGCUGCAGACGCGAAGUGUUUCGACCCCCCUCAAUCUGGACUAG